UUUAAUGAAAAUGGCUUCCAUUCUCAUCUAAACCCACACGGGUAGGGCAGAAAUCAUUUAGAAACAAACAGAACCACUAUUUCAUUUUAUGCAACGCUGUAUAGGUUGUAAGUGUUUUUAGGACAGCGGUUCGUCUGUGGGCAGAACGAAUAAGCUGUAGUUUCGAGGAUGGGACGUGUUUUUUGUGUUUAACCCUUUACGUUCCGUUAUCAGCUAUCAAACAAGAUGCUGCGGCAGGUUGGUAGCAGUAGUAAUGAGUACUGUAUGAGCGGAAAGCCCCUGUGUUUGGCUGAGGAUGGUCGGCGUCCAGUUGCACACUUUGACCUGUGUUCCACGCCAGCAAACAAGUUCUACCCACCGUCACCCCCAACAGCCCCGCUACAGACAUCUCUAAGCCACCUGACAGCUCCGUCCCAGGGCCCCAAACCUGCCCCGUGCCAGAGGCAGGUGGCUCCUGCCCCGCCACGUGUCCCCCAGCGUGUCCCAGCACGAGUCUCGUCGCGACCUAGCCUCAAAGCAAGCGACAAACCCGAGGACUCCAAGAAGAAGAAAGUGCCGGGCAGGUCGGGGAAGCGCGGCCGGCCGGCGGGGACCACCAAGUCCGCUGGGUACCGGACAAGCAGCGGCCGACCGCUGGGCACCACCAGGGCGGCAGGGUUCAAAACCAGCCCUGGGAGGCCAUUGGGUACCACCAAGGCGGCAGGCUAUAAGGUGAGCCCGGGACGGCCCCCGGGCAGCAUUAAGGCUCUGUCUCGCCUCAGCAAGCUGGCGUACGGAGCGUGCACGGGAGCGGCAUUUCCAUACAGCGCCAUGCACAAAGCAGGAGAUGCCAACACAAAGGAGCAGCAGGCCAAUGAGACACCAAAAAUGGCACUAGCUUCCUCAGUUCCUCAGUUUCUGGUCAGUGGGUUUCCCUCCGCACGAAAUCAAAAAACACCACCGCCGAGCUCCAUAACAACUGCAGCACCGAGCAGCAUGGUGUCAUCCGGAGCGUGCUCUCAGCCGGACCUCUGCCAGGGUGACAGACAAUCAGACAGCGUCGGGGCUUUGCCCUUACACGGUUCGGUACCACCAUAUUCAUAAGCCUGGGGACUUCAGACUGGAAACUUUCAACUUGGAAGCAGAAGGGACAGUGAAGUCAGAAUCACCAGUGUUUAAUACUGCAUCAUGUUUUUUUCUGUUCUUACCUUAUUUGGAAAAUGUUUUUGGCCUCACAGCUAAUGCCAUCACUGAUGUAUAAGAACAUUCUAGAUGUUUAUCUGAUGAUAAUCAGCACCAGUGGUUGUAGGUUUACUUUUGAGGGGAUAAUACAAUAUUUCUACAGUUAAUGUGAAAAUGUCCCCUCAAUUUUUACCUGUCUUUUAUAAUCACUUACCCUUAACAUUUUACUUUACAUUGGAACAUAAAAGCUUUAUUUUAUAUUGGAGUCAGGAAGGUUUUUAGUGCAGAAUUUCUCUGUGGUAAGCAUUUAUUGUUAAUAUAUGUGACUACUGCAUGAUAAUGAUGUGGCAGUUAUACUGAUGCGGUUUAUUUUCAGCAAUUUUCUAUUCAGUAAUGUGCCAUCACCCCACCAAAGAAUUUUAUAAAAUCUGCCCAGUUCACAAAUGAUGAAAAUGACUCCAUGACUGCUCUGUGCUUAAAGUUGCACUCCACAAUACAGUAACUAAGGGACACACUACCAAAGCUCGGUUUAUUUUCAUAUAACCUUAUCUGACUGGUCACCCAAGGUAUAUAGUCUUGUGUCGUGGUUGGUAUGUAGUUAUACUAGAAAGGUAGUGGACAUUGCAAUAAUCCGUUUUUUUAUUAUUAUUUCAGAAUGUAAAGUGAUUGAAUGAAGUAAUAUCCACAGUAUUUUUCUUUGUUUUAGUGGACUGGUCAUAUCUUCAGAUGAUAUUUGUGCUCCAGUCCGUUGUGAAUGUGCUGUUUUGAGAGACUGGUCAGUUGAUUUUUGGCUUAGGUUUUCGUCUUUGGGCGUACAGAUAUAUGAAUAUAUGAAUAUAUGAAUAAAUUCAUGUUUGCUUUGAUAUAA